GCGAAAUACUGUAGGAUGACUGGACGAGGACGGUUCUAACUCAGCUAAUACAUAGCAACAUGCUUAUAUUGAUUAUUACGAGUAGUCUAUAUCCGUGUACUACUGUACCUGGUUGGCGUUCAAGUCCACUUGGAAGACCAAAGCUUUUUCUACACAAAUUAUGGAGGAGACAGAUUACUAGUACGAGUAUCAGCAUAGCACUGUCUAGCUAGUUCCCAAGCCAAGCUAGCCCAACACCAUGCAUGCUCAUGCAACCUUCGGUAAGCCUGUAUCUCGCAUGCCAGAGGUAACGCUCCUCAUGCCAACACUAGUAGUGGUACUGAUGGCACUUGAGCUCCUCCUCGUAGCAACAGCCGUCGCCGGUGGCCCAGUAGCCUUGCCUGGCUGCCCGGAGGCCUGCGGCAGCGUCACCGUCCCCUACCCUUUCGGCUUCCGGCAAGGCUGCUUUCACAAGGGCUUCAACCUCACCUGCGACGAGACACGCCAUCCGCCGAAGCUGCUCCUGGGGGACGGCGUGGAGGUGGACGCCAUCUCCCUUGCGGACGGCACGAUGCGUGUCGAGGGCAAGACCGUGAACGGCGCAUUCACAUUCGCCGAUAACCUGACCACCCUAGCGGGUAACAGAAACCGCAUGUCAAAGCCAUCUCUCAACUCCAACGGCUCGUGGUCCAGCGGCCUAAUGGGUGCCGGCGGGCAGCGGCUCGCGGUGUCGACCGAGCGCAACGUCUUUGUGGCUUACGGAUGCAACUUCAUCGCCUACCUCGUUGCCGAUCCUGACCCUGCAGGCAGCUCUCGGCGUACCGAGUAUGUCAGCGCAUGCACCCCGCUGUGUGACGGUAAUUUCACCGCCGCAGAGACCAGCUCCUGCUCGGGCAUCAGCUGCUGCCAGACGACCAUCGCGCGGGGCCUACCCACGUAUGGGGUGCAGUUCAGGGAUUUGGACCAGACGGAUGUCAAAGAGCGCCGCCCGUUUGGGGCCGCGGUCAUAGUCGAUCGCGAGUGGUUUGCCGGGAUUACUGCAACCAUCAUGCAGAUGGAACUUGCGACGAAUUCGGUGUUUUAUGAAUAUCGUCGGCAUGGGCGUACCAGCCCCAGCGUGAUGAGCGUACCCACCGUGCUGGAAUGGUGGCUAGAUGUAGAAGGUGACCGUGACUUGGCCUGGUUGGAUCUCCAUUCUGCAUCUGGUUUGAGAUGCAAAAGCUUGAAUAGCUUCGCUUCCGCCGUUGGCACAGCAGCGAACAAAGUAAGGUGCAACUGCUCGGAUGGAUACGAAGGCAACCCUUACAUCCUGCACGGGUGCCAAGAUAUCGAUGAGUGCCAAUCCCCAGGUGUUUAUCCAUGUCCACAGGGAACCUGCAUAAAUAUGCCAGGAACAUACCGAUGCUCAUCAACAAAGAAAAGUUUCAGCAGGCUCCCAGGCUUAAUUUCUGGAAUUGCAAUUAGUGCUGGUUUUGGGUUACUAUUUUCACUUCUGGGUGUUGCCAAAAUCACCAAUAAACUCAAGCAACGAAGAGCCAAGAAGUUGAGACAAAAAUUCUUCAAGAAAAAUCAUGGGCUGCUUCUACAACAGUUGAUCUCUUCAAACAAAGAUAUAGCAGAAAGAACAAGGAUUUUUAGCUUGGAAGAGCUGGAGCAAGCAACCAACAAAUUUGACCAUAAUCGCAUCCUUGGAGGUGGUGGCCAUGGCACAGUGUACAAAGGCAUCUUAUCUGAUCAAAGUAUCGUCGCCAUCAAGAAGUCUAAAAUUGUUGUUCAACGGGAAAUCAACCAGUUCAUCAAUGAGGUUGUCAUACUUUCACAAACAAACCAUAGGAAUGUGGUGAAGCUCUUUGGCUGCUGCCUCGAGACUGAAGUUCCUCUACUUGUUUACGAGUUCAUAUCAAAUGGAACUCUCUCGUUUCAUCUCCAUGGCCAAAGUGAUAACCCAUUGUCAUGGAAAGAUAGGUUGAGGAUUGCACUGGAGACUGCAAGGGCCAUUGCAUAUCUACACUCUGCUGCUUCCAUAUCAGUAUAUCACAGAGAUAUCAAAUGUGAAAAUAUACUACUAACUGAUACCUUAACAUCAAAAGUAUCAGAUUUCGGAGCGUCAAGGUCAAUUGCAAUUGAUGAGACAGGAAUACUUACGGCUGUCCAAGGAACCUAUGGUUACCUUGAUCCUGAAUACUACUACACUAGCCGGCUCACGGAGAAAAGCGAUGUUUACAGCUUUGGUGUCAUCCUAGCAGAGCUACUGACAAGGGUGACACCAGUUUUUUCUUCCCAUUCGUUGGAAGGCACAAGCCUAGCAUCACAUUUUGUGUCAUUUAUAAGAGACAACCGAUUGUUAGAUAUUCUAGAUACACAAAUUGUUGAGGAAGGAGGGGCUGAAGAUGCUGAGGUGGUUGCAAGACUCGUGGAAGCAUGCUUAAGUUUAAAAGGUGAAGAAAGGCCUACAAUGAGACAAGUUGAGACAACACUCGAAGAUGUGCAGAACUCAAAGUUCCAUUUCAAUUCUCAGAUCACAAGUGUGAACCAGAAUGCUAUGAGCGAUCAGUUAUACAAGGGAAGCAAAGGUAGUGAAGGAACUAGACUGUACAGCUUGGAAAAAGAGUUCAUUCAAUCAUCUGAAAUUCCAAGAUGAUUCUCUUACUUGCACGGUGAAGUGUUGCAGUUACUCCUACUAUUAUUAGUUUGGGUGUCAUGCCUCAUAUCAGUUGCCAAUUUAGAACUCUGUACUAUAACCAUGUAUGUCGUCCCUAUAGUACUGGCCUGUCAUGUAGAACUAAGUAUGUGAACAUACGUAAAUAAAGUGGUUUCAGGUAGAGUACAAUAUUUACAAUUAAAAAUCUAGUUCUUGUAUUCUUGACACUGAAUUUUAAAAGCUUUCAAGAAUUGUGAUACAGAGGGAGUACAUAAGAAGAGAU